AUGCAUCCUUCUAAAACUGCCGGCUCGCCUUCUAACAUUACCCCUGCCACGCCCUUGGUAGCACCUUCACCGCAGGUGCACGAACGUGGUCCGGACGGAGCUGGUGUGUUGCCGGGCAUGAUUCCCACGCCCUUCCUGGCCACAUGCGAGGACACUCACGCUAGUGUCCGUGGAGCGGACACCGUUCUUGGCGGCGAUGGGUGUGGAGACGACGUCGUCGGGCGUGCGAUGGAGCAAAUACGGCUGUUGUGGGCGCAGGUUCAGGCGACUCAUGGGACAAAGGGUCCAUCGGCUGUGGCACACGGGGCCGUGCCGAACUUCACCCUUGGUGAAGACCUGCAUGCCGCUCUUGCGGGAAUGGACGGCGAUGCGGCGGAUGAGUCGGGCAAAGGAGGCGGAGUUGUAACGCCAGUCGUGGCAGCCCAGCCGCAGGUGUGGAGGCCGAACGGCAGGGCUGGAGAUGCACCCCAACAGAGUGGGGUUCGGAGGGAUGCGUGUGUGGCAAUGCAGGCACCAACACGACCUGCACGAGCUGCCGAAGAGUUAGCGCCAGUUGCAGAGGCAUUUGAGCAGCCAAACCGCGGAUUCGCAAUGAACCGACUGUCUGGAGCCACGAGGCUGGCGAUCGUGGGGAACCACGGGGGUCUCCUGGUGGGCGGUGUUGGUGUGGGGAGAGAGACAGGGAUGGCCGCGGGGAGCGUAGCGCCUGAUGGUGUGGCGUGGGAUCGACAUGCGCUGGGCCUGCAAGGAAGAGGGUUGAAGCGAGAGCGGCCGAAGAUGACGAUCAUGGUUGACUUCAACCCAAACGAUGGCCGGCCUGAUUUGGUGCCGGGAAUGCCUCCGGCAGACCUGAUUCACUUUUACGCCAAGAAGGCGAUGCAUCUGCUGUUGCGUUCAUGCGCCGCGCAUGGCGUAACGCACUGGCCGACGGACGACGAGAGGAGCGUGGCCCUUCUCGUGGUGCUCUGGUGCCACUACGACGUCUGCCAGCUAGACGUUGACCGCGCCAUGGGGAACGGGGCAUACAGCAAGGUGGUCAACAAGAUCUAG